GGCACCACACUGCUGUGCGUGUCGCAUGCAUCUAGCGAGCGCAAGCUUGACAUGCAGCGCAUAUUGCGAGCAUGAUUCUGCGGGUGGGUUACGGUUGUAGUGUGGCGGCCCGUCUGUGCCCUGCGCGAGCUCUAGCAGCUGCUCGGAACAGCAGGACCGGGCCUGCGCUGCUCCUGCUGUACACGCGGCCUAACUUGGCUUGCCAUGAGCGGCAGCAACGGCGAGCCUUCAGCUCAACGCCCGCAAGACGUGAAGUUACUGCUCCUCCAUCCGCUACCCGGGCACCACAAACACUGAGGUAUCGCUGCCCUCCCUUCACCAGGUGUGUUGUUCUGUGUUUCACCAGUAGCAGACACGCCUCGUCUAAGGUCGGGCUUCCACCAGCAGCAGAAAUCAACGCUGUGAGGGCGAGGGGAGAGGAUAUGGACGGCGGUGGUCGCAGAUUCGGCGCGGAACCGGAGGAAGGAGAAGAGGGGGGGCUUACCAAAUGGCAGCAAGGAGAGCGUCGCGAUCUUAAAGGAGUCAAACAGAGGGUCGUGGUUGGUAUGUCCGGAGGGGUGGAUUCCUCGGUCGUGGCCAUGCUGCUGCAUCAACAGGCGAGUGAAGGCUACGAAGUCGUGGGCGUGUUUAUGCGCAACUGGGACGAACAGGAUGAGACCGGGAGCGACGUAUGCACGGCCGACACUGACCUAGAGGACGCUAGAAGAGUGGGGUACCACCUCGGCAUCCCGGUGAAAACGGUGGACUUUUCUCGGGAAUACUGGAACCAGGUCUUUGAGCCAUCGCUCCAAGAGUUUGCUAGGUGUCGCACGCCAAAUAUGGACGUUGCGUGCAACCGCUUCAUCAAGUUCGACGCUUUCAGGGAACACGCGCUGGGCAGGAUGUCCGCCGACUUCGUGGCCACCGGCCACUACGCCAGGACGGCACCAGGGCCCGGCGGGGAUUGGUCCAGGCCGGUGUUGAGACAGGCGGAGGACGGAAACAAGGACCAGACGUACUUCUUGUCCGGCGUGCCUAGCGAGGGGCUUGCCAAGGUUUUGUUCCCGUUGGGAGGCCUCACGAAGCCCGAGGUACGCCGCCUUGCCGAAGAAGGCGGCCUUCCGGUAGCCCGGAAGCGGGAGUCGAUGGGAGUGUGCUUCGUGGGGAAGCGCCGGAGCUGGGCGAGCUUCAUAUCUCAGUACCUCACCCCGAGCCCAGGAAACUUCGUGUGCGUAGACACCGGAGACGUCGUGGGCCGACACGACGGCGUACAGCUCUACACAGUAGGGCAAAAAUCGCACUUGGACGGCAUGCCCGAGAAGUACUACGUGGCCGGGCUACACUCCGAAACCAACUCCGUCUACGUGGCGAGGGGGGCAGAUAACCCUUCCCUCUUCGCCCGGGGCUUGUCUGUGCUAGCGUCGGAGUUUAGCUGGGUGGCGGGCUGCCCUCCCCCGGAGCUAUUGUCGGGCAGCGGAAGCCUUCCCUCGGCACACGCGAGACGAAAAGCAACUACGGUAGGUAGCGGGCCGGCGGGAAUUGAGGCACCGGCACAGGCCAAAGAACGGCAACCGACAGCAUCAGGAGAAGAACCGACAGACGCGGGCGAAAUGGAGGGGCCGCCUCCUGUCUUGCGGUGUGAGUACCGGAGUCGCCACAGGCAAGCCCUCCUCCCUUGUGGCGUUGAGCUGCUUGGCGGCGGUGGGAGCGGGGCGUCGGUGCCUCGCCCCGUCGUGCACGUGCGCUUCGACGAGCCGGCGAAAGCGAUCGCGCCGGGCCAGGUAGUGGCCCUGUACAAGGAAGGCAUUUGCCUGGGGGGCGGCCCCAUAUUUCGGGCGGAAGGGCACUGCUCCCCAGCGCUGGUUCGUUCAAUGCGGCCGCCGUCGCCACAACCCGCUGCGAGUUAGAGCAAAACAUUGUCAUGCAAGAACGUUGAUAACACCCUACCCCGUUGCUAAAAGGGUGUCCCCUAUAGUCGAUGGGCGUGUACAGAAUUGUUGUGUACGUGCACCCGUUGGUGCGGAUUUUGCAGAUGUCCUCUUUGUAUUGUUCGGUGCACGCUCCUCAUGCCGCCGCGCAAAAUGCGGAAGGAAGCGGGCGGAUUCAUGACAUAAUGAACGUUUGUUCGGUGUGUGCAAUGUAUGUCCAAGGGAAGAAGAGGAUUGCGUUUCUCCUUGCGUGGCUAGCAGUAACGUGUGGGAUGUUGCGUGCAGUUGCGGUUUGUGUAACUAUCGGCAAUGAGGGCUAGAUAUGGCCUCGCCCGUGUUGUACAGUAUCGAUCGCCGACCACCAUACAGAAAUCAUUGGCUCGUUGGGAGGAUUCGGGGGGUGAGCGAGAUGCGAGCGGUUUGUUUUGCCAAGUAGGAUGUGGCUCUCUCGUUGCUUGGAGCUUCGCAAAUGACCUUUGUAUCAACAAGCAAGUAUUGGCUUUACCCUCCAGGCUAUGUAUAACAUGCAGCAGUUGAACGCUGAAAGCCCCUCAAACUGUCUCCCAAAGAAGCCCGACUCAAAACAAAAACAAGUAGCAUGAAGGCAGCAGUAGGGGCCACAUAUGACAUAUCAUAACACCACACGUCGACUCCUUCGUCCACAGGAAAAUCCUAGCUUUCAAAUGUACGAACUCCGCAUUAUUUUCCCACACGUCCCAAACAUAAGCCUUGGGCGAUUGCAUCCACGGCACCCCUUCCUCGAAAGAGAGAACCCCAUGCUUGUUCCAGGUUUAAACUCUACUACCCACAGAAAACAGCUUGGAUCGGCCUAAAGAUCCGACUCAAUCAAGCGCAUCGACGGUGGGUCUCAUCGCUGUUGCUUCCGCUAGCGCUACCUCCCACGCACGACCGCGCUACAGCACCCCCCAAAGCACGGUACCCCCUCAACCUAGUGCGCCCCCCAACCCACGGCACUCCUCCGAAAGCCCGGAAGUCAAGAAACCCCUCGACAGCAGCCUCGCGGAAACAUGUACGUCCACGAACGGCAUCUGUCUGCGCACGCACCACUUGCGAUCGUGGGGACGGAGACGGGCACGAAGAAGAACCUCAGCAACGCCCGGAAGAAAACAAACCUCUACAAAACAUGUUNGGGGGGGGGGGGGGGGGGGGGGGGGG